AUGAAUGAGAGAGCGGGGAGUGAGAGAGAGAAAGACGAGACUUCACGCGGGCUGGCGGAGGUAGGUGGGGACAAGGUGCAGGAGUGGCUGAGAGGCGAGUGGGGAGAGGGAAGCGUAGUGAAGGGAAGGGGAGAAAGGAAAGAGGAAGACAAGAGUGGAGAGGGGAAAGGAAGAAGAGGUAGACCGACUAAGGCGGAGAGCUUGGGCAGAGAGAGAAGGGACAGCAGUGCGAGCGGCAGUAUUGUUUCACAUUUAUCGAAACGCAAUAGAGGAAGUGACUCCGAUUCGGACCAGGAGGAAAAGGAAAAGAAGAAGCAGAAGAUAAAGACUGAGAAGGGGAACGUGGAGUUUAAAGAAAAGAGAAGAGAAAAGACAGAAGGUAGAAUGGAAAAAAUGGAAGAGAUCAUGAGAAGAUUGCUGGAUGAAACGAAACGAGAAAUUAUGGAAAAAGUAGAACGAACAGGAGAGGAAAUAAGGAGAGAGUUAAAAAAGGAAAUGAAGGAAGAGAUUGGAAAAAUAAGAGCAGAAGAAAGAGAGGAAAGAGAGAAAUUAGAGAAGGAGCUAAAAGAAUUAAAAGAAAGAGUGCAAGAGAUGGAGAAGAAGAAUAGCGAACAAGAAAGAAGAGAGAGAAGAUUAAAUAUUGUUAUAAAAGGGGUAGAAGUAAAGGGAGGGAAUGUUAGAGAGGUGGUAGGAGGCGUGUUUGAGAAAAUAGGAGAUAAUGGAGAAGAAAGGCGAACUGAGAGGAUCGAGAGUGUAUGUGGAUGA